GUAAAACUAGGGGUCAAGUGGUGAGAUGCCGGCAUUCUUGGAUAGGGAGUCGGGAUAUUUAUGUGACUCCUCAGAUUCUUAUAAUGCCUCAAGUGACCGUUUUCAAUUCUAUACAACGUGUAGUGAGAGGGCGCUGUAUAAAUAAGAUCUUAUCAAUCCGACCUGAUACGGGCUUGAUUGUGACAAUCUGUGACGCAGUGACUCAGAAUCUCCCUCUACUUGGCGAAAUUACCAUGUAUCACACUGCGUGGACCAAGAAGGGCUCCAGUCUACCAUCUGACCGUAUCAAACCAAACCCACCACCUUCGCAGAACACCAAGUCGAAGGGAAAGGCUGCUGCUCCACCUCCAGAGCCACCGAAGAGCAAGGCGGUCAAGCAACUGGAGGCACUGAGGAAAGGGCUGGUGUCCGCUGGAGCAACUCCGAAGCAAGAUCCGAAAGGUGGAUGUUUCUGCCAGGCGCGAGAGCACGCGCUCUCCAAAUACACCCCCAUCUGCCGCCAAUGCGCACUCGUCCUCUGCGAAGCGAAUCUCCCAUAUCACGUCUGCCCAAGCCCUAGCUGCCACGCCGCGCUUCUGGAUCUCACGCAAAACGCCGCCCUCAUCGCCCGCCUCGAUGCCCAGAUUGCCGACACACUGACGCGCGAAGCACUCGCCCGCGAACGCGCGGCAGACGAGGCCCGGCGCGCAGUCGGCGCCUUCCCCACCCUCGCACCCUCCGCCGCACCCUCCGCCGCCGCACCCCAAACGCGCACGGUCCUUUCGCUGAACUCGAAGACGAAGAAGGUCAAGGUCUCGUCGUUCACGAGCACGCCUGUUUCGUCCAAGUCGCCGUCUAGGGCCGAGACGCCCGAUGAUGAGGUCGGGAAUCGAGUCGCGCCGCCGCCGGCACAGGUCCCGUUCGCUCCGGCGUCCAGUGUCGAUCCGCAGAGACCGUGGAAGAAUCUAGUAAGCGAAGAGGUGCUGUAUAUCCCACCACCCGACCUGGGCGACGGCGAUGACGGAGCUCAGACCGGAGGGGGUGGACGAAAGCGAAGAAAGCGCAAGGGUGCCACAAAAGAGAAUGAGCAUCAAGCUGAUCAGGGUCCGUCAACAGCACGGAUAGUUUGA